UACGAUUGUAUGCUCGUUGGGUAGUACGAAGUACGUGACGAUCUCAGGGCCGGCGGACGGAAAUUCUGCUUUGUUAUUUGUUGUUUUGUAAUGAAAUGCAUGGCGUGGUUUGAAUAAGUAUUUUCGCUUUUAGCUCUUGAGGCUUUUUAAUACCAUUUUCCAGAAUUGGAUUAUGCAUGGCAUUUGAGGCAGGACCAUGCGGUACUUUGAAAUGUCAUCUGUGUUCCACUACCCGUGGGAACAAGUUGCAGAAGCAUUUUGGAAAAGAUAUCCGAACCCAGAAAGCACGCACGUGCUCUCGGAGGACACGGUGUUCCGCGAGGUGCGCGGCCACCAGCUGUUCAGCAAGCGCGUCUUCACCAAGACGAACCGCGUGCCCAAGUGGGGGGAGCGCUUCGUCAGCGCGCACACGGUCAAGAUCCUGGAGGAGUCUGUGGUGGACCCUCGGGAGCAGGUGCUGGUCACGUACACCCGGAACCUGGGCUACGUCAGAGUCAUGAGCGUGGUGGAGAAGGUGGUGUACCGCGCGAGCAGCGACAACCCCGGCUGGACGGUGGCCGAGCGCUCCGCCUGGGUCGACUCCCACGUGUUCGGCUUCGCCCGCGCCAUCCAGGCCUUCGGCAUGGAGAGGUUCCGCAAGAACUGCCUCAAGAUGACCGGGGGCUUCAACCACGUGCUGGCGGCCAUGUUCCCGCACGCCGCGCCGCCGGGCGGGCAGGCGUCGGCGCCCUCCUCCAAGGACACGCUCAGGGACGCGGCGAAGCGGGCGGGGGACCUGGCCAAGGCCAAGGCCGGGCCCCUGUACGCGUCCAUCCACGCCAACAAGACGUAGCUCUCUGCGUCGUGCCGCCAGCUGCCCGGUGGGGCCGGGGCGUCCCGGCGACCAGGCUGUCCUGCGACAGUGUAGAGCCAGUGACUAGUUGAAGAUGCAGCAUUAGGCAAAUAGGUUCGUUCAUUCCCGGGUUUGAGGAACAAUUCAAAUCUCAGUUUUUAGCUAUCUGCUAAGUACUUUUUAUCUUUGGUUUUAUAGUUUUUAUUAAAACAUUUAAAUUUUAAAUAUGUACUUCCUUGUAAACAUUGUUCAUCUUUAAUGGCUUAAAUCAUCCAUUCUGCCUUCCAUUUGUAUGAUAAUGUCUACUAGGUCUGUGUGCAGUCCUGUGCCCAAUAUCGCUGCGAUAUGUGCUAGUUAUGUCAAAAUUGUUGUUAUAUAGUUAUGGUAGUGAUGGGUCGAUUCCGAUUCCGGAAUCGGUCGGUCCCACCGAUUACAGUAUAAUCGUGGGAUUCAGAAUACAAUGGUUUUGGAAUCGACCAUGACCGAUUCCUGCAUUGCUUUUAAGUUUGCAAAAUACAUCUACGCAACGUAAGAAAAUACUAAAAUGAAUGCAAAUAUAAUUUUUAAACUACAUAAUGCAAUCUUUUUUACGGAACUGAUUUACGAAUUACGGUAAUUAACGUAUUUAUUUACUGGCACCGCCAUUUUCCCUAUAGUACAAAUGCAGUAUCUACUUUCCCGCUUUAAACGAAAGCAUUUUUCGGAAAUUACGUUGCAGCAGCACUGCAUUUAAUAGUAAACCUUCAAAAAUAACUAUACAAAACCAUAAAUGUGUAAAGAAAAUUAUGUAAAUGUAAACGGCAAGUAAAAUAACGUAAACGUUAACUAUUUGAUCAUGGCAGCUACAUUUGCCAUUGUAAACAACCUAAUUUUUUGUUUGUGCUACCGGCCAUGGUAAACCAUACGGCCAUGAACCAAAUCUUUGGUGACAUGAACGUGAAAAUUAAGAUGUUUCACAUCUCUGCACUUUAAACUUUAAAGAAUUAAAGGAAAUAAUUUUUGAACGAGAUUUUACCCAAAUUCACAGUGGCGACCAUAUUAAAAUAAGUUUAAAAGCAACAUAACCAAAUUGCUGUAAAUCGGCGUUCUUGUGCGUGUUCAGCGAUGCUCUUUUGUCUUUUUACAUUAGAUAUAUUUUGGAAAGGCAGUUGGCUAAUCUGAAUUUCCAAACAUUGCUGCUGAAAUGUUCGUAAAUUUUUAUUACCAAACACAAACAAUCUUUUGAAAGUAAUUGUGUUUAACAGAAUUGUUUCCGAUAAAUUUCUGAAAUGAAUUAAAUGUUAACACGCGAUUAUUUCAAGAGUUUAAAUAUUUUGUGUAAGAAAAUCUCACCAUAAAAUGUGGAAAUUUUGAGAUGCUAAAACAUGCACAGAAUGUUCUUAGUCAAGAACCGAAAAUUUAUUUUCUCUUUACGGUUGUGAAGAACUACAAGACUGGAUGGAUUUAUUCUUUUCACCAAGUGAGAUAAUUAAGUUCUAGGUAAUAUAUUAAAACUUAAGCAUCUCUGACAUUUUAUUUUAGUGUGGUGCAUAUUUGUUUCUUGUCAUUUCCAUCAUAAUGAGAUAAUAAAGUUUUAUUUUUACAUUUCCCCCUUUUUAUUUUUUUUCGCCCAGGUCCCUUGAAAUAUGUAUCAACGAGGUUAUACUGUCAUUUUAUUUGGAUCAUUAUUUAGUUGUGCUUGAAAAUAAAAUUCUUAACCUAAACAUACAAACCUCUUUUUUUUACAAUUAAUUAAUUGAGUUGAUAAUGUAAGGUAUCUAAAGUUGGUUAAGUUAUAACAUUAUUUACAAAAUACGUCAUAAACUCAUAAGACAUCUUUGAUUAUUGGCAGUGUUUGAACACAUGUUUCGUCUAACUAUAUGCAAGGUUAAAAGGCCAAAUUGUGCUAGAAAUUCAAGGUAGCAUAACUUGAUGGUAAUAACAUUCUUUUUAACAUUAUAUAAGCUGUAUAUAAUGUUAAUUUCUGCACAGAAAAUGAAACACAAUGCAAUUAUAUUUUUAAAAUCAUAAACAACCUUUUUUUUUUCUGAGUAUAUUACUCUGUUGAACAUUGUCAGCUAAAAAUUAAGGAAUCGGAUUCGAAGAAUCGACCCUUUAAUUUAAGAAUCGAAAAUGGAAUCGGAAUCGGUAUAUUUUAGGAAUCGGCCCAACACUAAGUGAUGGUUCGUAAUAUUGAAAACUAAAGGUAGUAUAUCACUAACAUCAGUUUCAUAAAUACAGUAUUGGUAUCGCAAAUCUUUUAUUGCAAAAUUGACAUUGUAAAAAUGAACAUGGCAAAAAUAAUGAAAUUUUCAAUAGGAUCACAAAAUGUAUGUUACGAGAACCGGUAACUGGCUUCACAAGUAAAAGAUAAAGUAAUAUUUAGAUAUUACCUUAGGGUACUUUUCAUCCAUUAAAAAAAAUAUUUAUAAAGAUAACCUACAGGAACACAAAACCCAAUAGCGAUAGGAAUAGGGAGUAGUCUUACCGCCUAUGUUUAAAGUUUCAAUAAACAUUUUGUUUGCACAGUUGAAUAGCUAAAGUAGUAUUUUAAACACAAUAUACUAUAUAUAGGAAGUCAGUGUGGUCAUUUUUCUGUGGUCUUAUUCACAUAAAGUAAUCAAUCUUAUGGAACCAUAAUUUAUUUUCAAAAGAACCACAGUCCAUCUCCAUUUGGAAUAAUGUAGAUUUAUAAAAAUUUCUUUCGGCACAGCCUACGGGUGUAGGUAGAUUUCAAGGUACCUACUUGUUCUGGAAACUUAUAUAAACUUCUGAAACAUUUAAAAAACUUAAUGUACCUACAUUUUUUCAUAUUCCAUGCAGCGCAAAUAUUUCAAAUGUUUUUAACUCAAUGCAUUCAUCAUUGAAUAUCUUAGAACAAUUUUUCAUAUUAUGCCUACUAAGGUAAUACAUAUGUAUUAGUUUUCAUUCCUUGCACAAAUACAUGAGCAUGGAAAAAUUUGCUUUGGACCAUGGCUUGGGAUAAUCUUAAGUCAGUUUAAAAUAAAUUUAAACAGUUUGAUAGUGAUGAAAUUUAAAUAUUUUUUAAUUACCGGUAUAUAUUAUUUAUAUAUGUUUUUAUUAUAGUAGUUUGUCUCAUAGAAAAUUGUUUCAGCCAAUAUUUUAAGAUAAUGUUUGGGAUUUUUACAAUAAAUUAUAACAGAUUUGAUAGUAUACUUAGUUAAAAGUUAUUGUUUUGUUUUUGUCUUUCAGUGCUUGUUAUUUCCAACUCUUGCAGUAAUGGUUGGUUGAAUAAAAAUUUACUUUAGCAAAGGUUUUAGACCAAAUUAAGGAAGUGGUAAUAAGAACGGUUUCAAUAGUGUACAUGGUAUGGAAGUUUUAUUUAUAUUUUUGUUCCAACUCCUGAUUUUUCAACCCUUUGCUGUAAUGGUUUGUCUUAAGAAAAAUGUUUUGAAACCAAAUUUUUGUAUAAUUGUUAGAAGAUUUACAAUUGAUUGUUUUAGAUUCUAUAGUGUACCCAAUAAGGGAGUCAUGAAAUUUUUUUAGUCUUCUAACCUUUGUUUUUUCCACCCUUCGCAACAAUGGUUGGUUGUAUUAAAAAUUGUUUCAGACAAAAGUUUUUGAUUAUAUUUUUAAGGUUUACAAACAACAUGAACAGAUUUAGUAGCAUGCCUACUAAGGGUGUUACAAAUUUCUUUUGCCAUCCCUUGCAUUUAUGGUUGGUCAUAUCAAAAAUAUAUUUAGAGAAAAGUAUUUAUGUUAUGGGAGUUUGGCGAUUUUUCUGUUUUUCAAAAAACCUUCCCCAUUUCUACCCCAUUGGUGGGAUUAUGCCCAUUAAUGAACUCAACUGAGAUUUUCCAUUACUAUAUUUUAUGUAUCAGGAAGUGAUUCUUGCAAAAUUAUGGCAUUUAUCAUGUCCAUAAAAUUAUAAUACUAUAUAUACACUAUUUUUAGGGUCAGUGACCAUAAAACAAAAAAACAAAAACUACGUAAAAAUUUACCUAAUGGUGGAAUAAUUUUUUUUAUCAGGUUCAUUAGUUUUCGUGUUAACGUACAAAUAAAUUCAUAUUAUCUUUAUAAUAUUAAAAUAAAGGAAUAUAGCUCCGUCUUAAAUAAUUUUGAUUAGUAAUAGAAAAGUAAUAUUUUUAAUAGGUCCAUUAUUUUAGAGUUUACUUCUGACAAACAUACCUCACACUCAGUAUCCAUUACUUUGCAUUUCAGUAACAUAGCAAAUACAUACUUCAAUGAAGGUAACUUGAUGGUCGUUCUCUUGUCGCACACCCGUGAGCUAGCAUCAGAUGAGCCACUUGCAUUUACGUUCUGUUGGUUGGAUUCCGGAUGCCAGGUUGCAUUACUGCACUGCCUGCAUUCAGUACAGUAUUUCUGGGUUUCAUAGGUACAUUCCAGAAUCAGUUUGUGUUUUGUUACUACAACUUGUUUUAAAUACGGUCGUAUAUAUUCAUUACCUACAUGGCUGUGUCCGGUACGUGCUGGUUCGAAGACCCAUCACCGAUGAUCCGUGAGCGUGUCGACCCUUCUCGGGGGUGAAGAUAGGAACCACGACACCACUUUGGCUCCAAUAGGACAAGCGUGAGAAUGUAUAAGUACGCACAGGAAGUCCACACUUAAUGUCAUAGCCUCUACCUUCUAGCUGUCAAGUCAUUUCACUUAAAAAGGUCACGUCUAAUUUUAGAUGGUGUAUUAGAAUACUACUUAGAAAUUUUAUAAUUUAGGUGGCAUUCCAUGAAAAACAUUGGUGAAACAAUUCUAUUUUUGAUCACUACUUGUCCUGAUAAACAUCAUUAGGUAUUUUAAAUGUAGCUAACCUAACCUAACAAACUGUUCACACAAUUUAAUUGAUCCUAUUUCCUGAUAAAACCAAGUAUUCACCACACAAAAGAUUUAAACAGCCAUACUUUAUUAUUGUUCCCAUUAUUACUCGCUAACAGCAAGCUCCAGAAGGUAUACACCUACAUGACACCACUGCCUUGUGUAUUACCGACUGUAAAGAUGUAUUAUUUCUAAAAAAUUAAAUAAUUGGAAUAAUAAAACCAAACAAAGCACAUAGUGACUGGCUCUCACUAACUGUGAUAAAAAUGGCGAUGAAACACUAAGGAGGGUCGUAUUUGACGACGACCUGAAUACACAAAACCUCAAACAUAUAUUUCAUUCAAUAGAAAUCAAUUCUAAGGAAAUGUCUUAAUUCUACAGAUUGCGCAAGAAAUUUGUAUUUCACUAAUUUUUUUCCCUCAAUACUGAAAUAUAUUCUCAACUAACUCUAAUUGAAACAAAACUAGUGUUUUGAUGGAUUAUUUUUAAAUACAUACUAGUUUUUGACUCUGUAAGUAAGCAAUGUUUCGCACAUUCACUUUGUGUUUGGCAAUGCUGUUCCGUUCCUGAAAGGUUGGGAACAUGUAGCCGAGACCUCGGGUCCACUGAGCUAACGUACGCCACUUGUUCCUGUACACACGAGACCAAACAAGCAACCUCCCGUCUGCAUGCACACGUGGGAUCUUGUAGUCGGCUGUCGUCUUCCGAUGCAAGUUGCAGGUACAUGCUACAGCUGUAGAAAAGUUAGUGUGUUUGUGACAUGACAAUGGCUUUAUGACUUUAUUGUUUGCAUCAAUAUAAUUUUGUGAAAGGUUAAACUGCUAAGUUAAACCCAUUUGGUCAUGUAGCCAGUUGUGUUUGAUAUUAGAACAAUACUACACUGUUGGCAUGUUUCCUUAAAGCCAAUAUUUACUGCUGAUUAUCCGAUACUUGUAUUUUAAUUCAUUGUGAAUGUCUCUUAUAAUACAUGACAAGUAUUUAAGGAAAAUGAACAUGGAUGAAGAGACAGACAUUUUGGAUGGCUGCACUGUCCUCCGGGAGUAUAGGUAACCUGGGCUCGUAACAAGUACAUCUUUAAUGAUUGACACCAAAUUGUUUUUAAGUGCAUUGUUGUUUUGUAAAUGUUGUAGUUAUUUUUUAUAUGCAGUCUGGUUAAGAUAUGUCAUAAUGUAGGCAAUUAUUCUGAAGUUUUGUACCCAGUUGUAGUUGCUCUGUACAUUCAUUUCUCUCAAAUAUGAAUUCAUUGUGUAGCCAUUCCAAGAACUUAAAUGCCAAAAUUUGUACAUGCAUUUUUUUUUAUUGCGGCAUUAGCAAACACCAUACCUUAAACACACUAAUUUUAUACGCUCAAUUUUUUUUUGUGUUUGCUACAUAAGAGUUUUUACUGUGUGAUCAAUGAUGUGAUUCUUUAAAUUUACAACAGUGUAGAGCUUUAAAAAAAAAACUGUAUUAUAGUUAAUAAUAAAAUUUUGUCAUUGAAAAAAAAAAAUAUUGUUACCAAUUAUGUAAUUACUGUUGAAAGUUGGUAAAAUAAAUAUUUAACAAACGUG